GACGGUCAUACUAUUCUCUCGUAUAAAUAGUAGUAUUAAGACUUGUGCCCGCUUUUCCAUACGGUUUUUUCUUCGGUGCCAUCUCAUCUUUGGAGACGUCAAACAAGUAUCCAGAUUCAAUCACUCAAAAGAAACUGCAAAAUCUUUGGUCAAGAUUAUUGAAGAUGGCUGGGAUGCUUCCUGGAGUAGAAGUUGCAAGGAGGAGGAGGUUUCAUCAAAGUGGAGGAUGGCUUGAUUCUUCCAGUGCUUCACCAUCUGGUCAUUGUUCAACUAGAAGGUCUUCUUUUUGUCUAUAUGUCAGCAACCAUGAAUCCCCUCUCAGCUCGAGCACAUCUAUUGUGCCCAGGAGCUCAAUAAGCCAGGCAUACUGUGAUCAGAAGCUGAAUGAUGCAGCCAGAGAAGCCAAACAAAGGUUGGAUGGGAGGCUAAGAGCACAAUGGAAAUCAGAAACCAAAAGGGGUCAUAGCGGCCGACAAAGAUCAAGACAAUCGGAAAACAGGCCUACAGAGGUAAGAGAGUUGCAAACAGAGGUGUCGGGGGUAAAGAAAAGCGGAUCGAAGAGGUUCAGUUGGGUGAAGUUAAGUUGGAAGUCAUCUGAACAGGACGAAUGUGCUGUGUGUUUGGAGGAAUUCAGGGCAGAGGAGAAGCUAAUGCAGUUAGCCUGCGCCCACAGGUUCCAUUCAGGAUGUUUGGUGCCAUGGCUCGAGAACAAUGCCCACUGUCCUUGUUGCAGAACGGAAAUUGUCCUAUAACUAGUGGGAGGGUAGUCAGUCAAAAGGCAUGAACUACUAUCAUUAGUUUUAGCUUCUAGCAGCCCAACUUCUUGAUGAAAGUUUGAGGCUGAACAAUCACUACUGUAACCUACAUAGAUUCAUUCACUACUGUCGUGCAUCUGAACAAUACUAUCUCUUUUUUUGGUUCUGUAUCGUACAUCUGAACAAACAAUUUAAAGAUGCUCUUCCAUGUCCUGCAUAUACUAGGGAUGAUCAUUUGGGACUA